AUGGAGGCUGUGACGACGGUAAGGCCGAGGGAGAACGACGGCGAAGUCGAGGACGAAGUAGACGGUGGCGACGGCGACGGCGAGGUGACUGGAGGCGGCGGCGACGUGAAGGCGGACGGCGGCGUUGGCGAGGACGAUGCGGAGGGAGGCGGUGGCGACGGCGAGGCUGACGGCGGCGGGGGCGACGGUGAGAAGGACGGAGGCGGCGGCGAGGUCGAUGCGGAUGGAGGCGGUGGCGACGGUGAGGCGGAGGGAGGCGGUGCCAAGGGCGAGGCGGACGGCGGCGGCGGAGACGGUGAGGCGGAUGGAGGAGGUGGCGACGGUGAGGCGGAGGGAGGCGGUGGCGAGGGCGAGGCGGAAGGAGGCGGCGGCGACGGCGACGCCGACGGCGGCGGCGUUGACGGUGGCGGCGGCGAGGGCGAGGCGGACGGCGGCGGCAGGGAGGGCGAUGCGGACGGCGGCGGCGGUGAGGGCGAUGCGGACGGCGGCGGCAGCGACGGCGAGGUCGAGGGAGGCGGCGGCGACGGUGAGGCGGACGGCGGCGGUGGCAAGGGCGAGGUGGAAGGAGGCGGCGGGGAGGGCGAGGCGGACGGCGGCGGGGGCGACGGUGAGGCGGAUGGAGGCGGCGGCGAGGGCGAGGCGGAGGGAGGCGGUGGCAAGGGCGAGGCGGACGGCAGCGGCGGCGAGGGCGCGGCGGACGGCGGCGGCGGAGACGGUGAGGCAGAUGGAGGAGGUGGCGACGGUGAGGCGGACGGAGGCGGUGGCGAGGGCGAGGCGGACGGCGGCGGCGGCGAGGGCGAUGCGGACGGCGGCGGCGUUGACGGUGGCGGCGGCGAGGGCGAGGCGGACGGCGGCGGCGGCGAGGGCGAGGCGGACGGCGGCGGCGGAGACGGUGAGGCAGAUGGAGGAGGUGGCGACGGUGAGGCGGAGGGAGGCGGUGGCGAGGGCGAGGCGGAAGGAGGCGGCGCCGAGGGCGAGGCGGACGGCGGUGGCGUUGACGGUGGCGGCGGCGAGGGCGAGGCGGAAGGAGGCGGCGGCGAGGGCGAGGCGGACGGCGGCGGCGGAGACGGUGAGGCAGAUGGAGGAGGUGGCGACGGUGAGGCGGAGGGAGGCGGUGGCGAGGGCGAGGCGGAAGGAGGCGGCGGCGAGGGCGAGGCGGACGGCGGCGCCGUUGACG